CAAUUUCGUGAGCGCGCUUUAGACAACAGGGGCACGGUUACGGAGGAGUGUCGCCUCGAACUAAGCUGUUUAUUCCAUUGAAACGACGCCAAUUGUGAGUAGGGUUAACUGUAGGUCAAACUUCAGUGUAUCGACGUAUUAAAAAGAGAUAGAAAGAAAACAAGGACGAACACAAACACACAUACACUGGAUAUCUUCGUCUGACAUAAAGAAUGACUCCGUGUAAAAGUUUCAGAUGAGUUUGUAUAGCUUCAGGUCUGGAGAGAAUGCUUCCAAAACUUUGACCCCUGGUCUCAACAAAAGGGAUGGCUGAUCGCAUUGACCUCGCAUUUGCCCCUGGUCAGCGGUACAUUGAGGUGGAGUACGACUAUGAGUACAAGUCCAAAGACCGUAUGAUCACCAUCAAACAAGGUGAAUGUUUCCUGCUGGUAAAAAAGGCCAAUGAAGACUGGUGGCAGGUUCGUAAAGAGGAGAACAGUAAACCUUUUUAUGUACCUGCCCAGUAUGUCCGGGAAGUGCGGCGAGCCCUCAUGCCACCCACCAAACCUCUUCCAAACACUGGAGGUGGGUUUGGAACAAGAGUUGGAUCUGAGAAAAAAGGUCUAACUAUGCUGGAUAUCAAACAGUCUGAUGAAAGUUUGAACAAGCAAUGUCCUGCUCAGUCCACCUAUGCCGGAUAUUCGGUGGCAUUGCAGGCACCCACAGAGGACAAAGCCAGUCCAAAAAGCCCCAGGAGGCAAGUGCAACAAACAUUCCUAAAUAUGCAGCAUACCUCUCUGCCUUGGCCCGGGGUUGAGACCCCCCCCAGGCUCCGGGAACCACUGGAAUUGGAUAAAGAGACUGAUAGGGGAGAGAGGAUAGAAGAGGCAACAACAGGUUUUGGAGAGAGGGAAAGAAAGGGGGAUGGAGGAGGGAAUAGGAAGAGGGAAGUAGAGUGGACAGGGGAUAAAGAGAGGAAAAGAGAUCUUGGUGGGGCCAGAGUUAUUGAGAGGAAGAGAGAAGUAGAGAUAGAAGAGGAUAAAUUAAGGGAACAAAAAAGGGAAGAAAAGUUUGAUAGAGAUGGAGAGAAAGUAGGGGAUGUACAGAGAGAUAGGAGGAAAGAAAGAGCAGACAAUAGAGAAAAGGGGAGAAAGGGAGAAGCAGUGCAGCAUAAGACUGCUGCAGCUGAAGGAUCUCCCGGAGACGCAACAGAGAAAAAUCGGAGCGAUUUGGACUCUGGGGAUGAGCGCAGCAGCAGUUCGGCUGAACAGCUUCAGGGAAGGUCUGACUCACCUGUCUACACUAACCUGCAGGAUUUAAAGAUAUCUCAGUCAUCUCUGCCUCCACUGCCCUCAUCCUCCCCAAUUACUACACAUGCAGAAUGGGACACUUACAAGGAUGCAAAUGGUAGGCACUUCUACUGCAACCGCACCACACAGGAGCGUACAUGGAAACCACCACGAUUACGGGACAGCCUUGGGAAGAGGGAUGAGAAACAUGUCACUGCUUCAACAGAGACUGAGGGGAGUGGAACUAUGGCCAAAACGUGCAGUUUGGACCGAAGACAGCCAGCUCCCAUAGUGGCAAAAUGGAGGAAUAGUACAUACAUAUUAGAGACUAACAAUAAGGAACCUUCAAAAGCAGGAACCCCAGAUACAGAAUUGUCAGACCUUUCCUCACCCAAGCGUCCUUAUUUCACCUGUGAAAAAUCUGGAGCCCUGAAUGUAACCAAGAUCACUGAACAUGGCAAGAAAGUUCGUAAGAACUGGACUUCAUCUUGGGCAGUUUUGCAAGGGUCUCAAUUUAUAUGUGCCAAAAGUCAGGCAAUGGCAACCAGUUGGUUUGGAAGCCACCAAUCCAAGCCAGAAUUCAGUGUAGAUCUAAAGGGAGCAACUGUAGAGAAAGCAUCCAAAGAAAAAUCCAGCAAGAAACAUGUUUUAGAGGUGAAGACUCAAGGUGGUACUGAGCUCCUUAUACAAUCAGAUAGUGAGAGCAUUAUUAAUGAAUGGUUCAAAGCACUAAAUGAAGCCAUCAUUGCACACGCUUGUGAGUCUGAUGAGGCUAUUGAAGAAGACAUGCCAGAAUCUCCAGGACUAGAGAAACAUGAGAAAGAGAACCUAGCCCAACAAAAGAAGACCAAAACAAGGUUGAGGAAAUUUCUUAUACGUAGACCCUCUUUGCAAGCUGUUAAAGACAAGGGUUACAUAAAAGAUCUGGUGUUUGGCUGUAAUCUGAGCAGUCUCUGUCAGAGGGAGAAAACUACUGUCCCUCACUUUGUCAGGAUGUGUAUUGACUACAUAGAAAAGGAAGGUCUGGAUUUGGAUGGUCUCUAUAGAGUGAGUGGGAAUCUGGCAGUCAUACAGAAGCUGAGAUUUGCUGUUAAUCAUGAUGAGAAGAUAAAUUUGGCAGAUAGUAAAUGGGAGGACAAUCAUGUGGCUACCGGAGCCCUGAAGAUGUUUUUCCGAGAGCUUCCAGAACCACUUUUCACUUACACCUACUUCAAUGACUUUUUCAGUGCCAUCAAAAUCACAGACUAUAAACAAAAAGUACAGGCCAUCAAAGAUCUAGUGAAGCAGCUGCCUCAGCCCAACCAAGAUACAAUGCAGGAACUUUUUAAACACCUGAGAAAAGUAAUAGAGCAUGGUGAGCAGAAUAGGAUGACCACGCAAAGUGUGGCAAUCGUGUUUGGCCCAACUCUGUUACGUCCUGAGAUUGAGAACAUACAAAUGGCAGUUCAUAUGGUUUACCAAAACCAAAUUGUUGAGCUCAUACUACAUGAGUAUGAGGCCAUAUUCAGUAUGUAAUCUGUGAUGUAUCUUUCCCCACCCAAAAAGUAUGUAAGGAUAUCUUCUGAAAAGAUAUCCAUAGAUUAAAACUGUAUUACCAUGUCUAAACAUUUAGAGUCCAUUUGUAAAGUAUGUUAAACCAAUUCUUUAAUUAUUCUUUAUACUUUUUUUUUUCAUUUAAUUGGACAAGAUUUCUUUUAUAGUGUGAUUCUACUUUAUUAGUCAUUUCUUUCUCGAUAAUAGCGCUUUCUGGAGCUUAUGUUAUACACUUGGAUCAUAUAUAUUUUCCAUAACUUAAGCAACUUAAUUAAGCCUCCUGAUUGCCAUAAAAUAUAAACAAAAAUGUGCUAUGUAACUUUCAGUUGCAGAAUUUAUCAUGGAAUGUUAAAUUAUAAACCCUUAUUCAUUACAAUAUCCUGCUUAUUCCUAUACACUGAAUGAUAUGCAACCUCUGUAUCAUUGUCCUGAUAUCAAAUAGAUCCUCAUCCUCAUAGAUCCUCAUACACCAAUUUUUUUAUAUAGAUAUUUUGCAACUGUUGGUAAUUAAGAAUGUCUUAAUGUUUUGAUUAACGUAAAAUACGAUACCCAUUUUUUAAUAUUUAAACCGUAAAAAGCAAUUAAUAAGCUGCAAAAGAAUGUUCAUUGUGUAAAGCAAGGGGUUAGGAUGUUUAAAGGCAUAGAGAGAGCAUAGCUUUUUUCUUUUGCAUCACUUCAUCCGCAUUAAAUUGCCAUAAAAAUGGAAAUUUGUAAAAUGUAGUGUAACCUAACAGCUUUUGAAUUUGAAUAAAACUGAGAGGGUAGAAAUUAUAGGGAUUAUUUAAAACAAUACGAGGAUUAUCUGAAAUUAUUAGAAAUCCUUCCUUUUUUCUUUUUUUUAACAUAGAAACAUUGUCUUUUUUCUCCCCUAGUGAAGCAUUGAUCUGAACUUUAGUGCCAGUAGUAUGAGCUGGAGAGAGUUUGAUUUGAACACAGCAGCUUUAGAUUGGGUUUUAAUUGUAACAUAUACUUAUCUUGCCUGUGUUUUAAUUAAAGUUGAGGGGGGGGCAUUUUUUAUUGAUUUUGAUUAUUUUACAACUUAUGUAUAUCACCUCCCAUAUAUGUGCACACAGGUUUGUCCAAUUUAAAAGUAAUGAAAUCAACAGAAUACAGAAACAGUACUUGCUUCAGGGUACAGCCAUCAUGUUGUAUAUAUACAUACAUAUACACACACACUCUAGGCAGAGCUUUUGGAAUUACUGUUGCAUCACAAUCCUCGAGAACCUGCAGAGCUCUGUGUUUGUGUUGUGUUGUCACUAUGGUAUGCUGAAGAUUUCAGGAAUAGGGAUUACUGAUGCUUAUAUAGUUUAUAUAUGUGUAUAUAUGUAUUUUUGAAAAAGUUGUCCAUACUCAACUUAUAUAUUCUUUAACUAACAAUAAUAUAAUGGACAUUUUCCAAUCAGGUUUCAGGAGAAACCAUAGUACUGAAACAGCAUUGAUUCGUAAAUUGAGUCGUAAAUGAAAUUUUAAUGGGAAGAGAUUCUGGGAAAUGUGUUGCUUUGAUGAUGCUGGAUUUGAGCGCAGCUUUUAACACUGUUGAUCAUGGCAUUUUAUUAGCACGUCUUAGAGAUGAUGUUGGUAUUAAUGAUGUGGCCUUGAAGUAGUUUGGUUCCUACCUAAGGGACAGAAAAUGUUCAGUUAAGAUUGGAGAUUGUCUUUCUGACACUGUGGAUGUUUUGUGGGGGGUCCCUCAGGGAUCUAUUUGACCAACCUUGUUUUCUCUGUAUUUGUUGCCUCUGGGGUUUAUUUUCAGAUGCCACAAUAUUAAUUACCACAUCUAUGCAGAUGAUUUGCAAUUACAUUUUUCUUUGGACAAGUGUGCUGCAUGGGACUGUUUCAACAUAUGCUUAAAUGAAGUGAAGGUAUGGCUUGCGAGCAAUUUUCUGCAAUUAAAUGAAAAUAAAACUGAGAUUAGUUUUUGGAAACAAACAGUACACAGGAAAUCUGUUUGUGAGUGAGGAUUUACCACCGUAAAUGGUAUGUUAGGAACCUGGGUGUCAUUUUUGACACAGAACUUUGUUUUGACCGACAAGUAAAUGCUGUCGUGAAAUCAUCCUUUUAUCAGUUAAGGAAGUUGCCCAAGCUGAAAUCUAUUCUUUCCAGAAAAGAUUUGGAAUCUGUUGUUCAUGCUUUUAUUUCUAUGAGGUUGGACUAUUGUAAUGCCCUAUACCUGGGUUUGAAUGCAUCUCUUAUACCUUCAGUAUGUUCAAAAUGCUGCUGCUAGGCUUUUAACUGGCACUAAGAAGAGGGAUCACAUAACACCUGUGUUAAUUUCUUUACAUUGGCUUCCGGUGUUAUAUAGGAUAGAAUAUAAGGUCAUGAUCACUGUGUAUAAGGCCUUACAUCGACAGGCUCCUGACUGGCAGCACCUGUGUUAAGGAACCGGCUACCACUGUCUUUGAAAUUGGCUCCCACUUUGGGUAGUUUUAAAGGACAAUUAAAGACUUUCCUAUUUUCUAAGGCUUUUCCUGUAUGAUUGGUAUGUUUUCCCGUGAUACUGUGUAUGGCUAUUUUUGUACCUUUUAUUUUACUGUUAGUUUGAUGUGUUUUAUUAUUAUACUUUUUAUGUCUUAUAUAAUGAUUUUUACCAUGUAAAGCACUUUGGUCCAUUGUUAUGGUGUUGAAAGUGUUAUACAAAUAAAUAAAGAUUGAUUGAUUGAACAAGA